AUGGUGGGCACAAUGGAGAUGGAUAUGAAUGAGCUGGACUUGGCUCGCGAGGUCCAAACCCUCCGAGCUCGCCGGCGCCUGUCCACGAGUCACCCAGCCGCCAUUGAUCCAGACUUUGCCGGCGUGCAGCUGUAUGAUAAGUCACCCUCUGUGCAUGAUCUUCCCCCUCUUCCUGAUACGCCCUCUUCUGUGUCGAGUGGCGCGAGUGUGCCGCCGCCUUCCACCCCCACUCUGGACGAUGGCUGCCCUUUUGACGAAGAGACGCUAUCUCAGUGUUCCCCCAUCUUUGGCUCCUCGAAACGGGAGCGUUACCUUGCGCGGCGCCAGAUGCGCCAGACGCAAGCUGCAGCAGAUCCCGCAACGCCGCCUCCCCCACCGAAAGGACCGUCUGAGGGCAUGUGGCUCUCUGCCUCGAUGCACCCUGAAGUCAGUCCGGACGAGUUUCGUGCGUUCCUCAAGGCGCAGGCUGAGCGCAAUGUACACCAUAACCUGACAGCUCACCAGCUAGAUACCCCUUCGCGAACGCGCCAACCCGCUAUUCUGCGGCGUUCCAGCACGCUGCGGCGCCAAGUCAAAGCUGAGGAGUCGGUGCCUGAGAUGGCCCUACAUCGGCAUUCCAUGACGGAGCCCGAGUCCGUGCAUGACCGACCGAUUGUGCGUGCGGAGUCUGUGCCACCCCGCUCGCCGUCGUAUCAUUCUCGUGUUCAUCGCAAACCGCCACCCACUUUUUCGCAUGCGAUGCAGCCUCCCCUGGCGCCUCAGCCCACGCCGGACACGGCGCCGCAAGGUCCGCGUCCACCGUCGAACGAGCAUGCAUUCAUGCGUCCCAUACUACCGCCGAAGGAUCAGCUGCCUGAGCCACCGCCCAAGACAGUGUCUGUGCCACCGCCUAGGCGUGUAGUGCCACAGGUGCCGGAAGCAGCACAACCACGUCCGCGACCUGAUGAAGUGCGUGUCGCACCGCGACGUAGCGACGACAAAGGACCGCGGCACACUCCCAAACUGGAUGAGUCGCCCCGCGCAUCGACGAUGCGGGACCGCAAGACAUUUGGUCUGUCGUGGUUUAGCCUGACCAAAGAGGACGACGUGCGAAAGAAGGAGGCUGCCUGUGACGACGAGGCACCUCGCCGCGAAAAGGACACCUUCCUGACGGGUCUUUUCAGCAAGCGCAAGGGGAUGGACUCGUACGACUCACUGCGUCACCGCGCGCGCAGUCUAUUCUCUGGAUCCUCGCCGUUUUCGCACCACACGGAGUACCCACUUGCAAAGCGGUAUCCUGUUCCGGUCGAGCGCUCGCUGUAUCGCCUUUCGCAUGUCAAGCUGAGCCAUCCGCGGCGGCCGCUAUAUCAGCAGGUGGAAAUCUCCAACUUUAUGUUUUGGUAUCUGUCGAUCAUUGACUCGGCUCAGGCGCGUCCUCCGCGCUCACUCUCGUCAUCCAGCAGCCAGCGGGGGAAUGGGCUUAGCGAGUAUGAUGAGGCGAAUCAGCUGCGUAUGCCUGGCACGCAGCCGCGCACGGUGCAUACAGGCUCGCUCGUGCCCACGGCGCCCGCAUCGCUGGAGCCUGUCCAAUACCAAGGUGCGCCGGUCGUGGCAUGGCAAGAGCCGGCAAGCGACCCGGCAUCGCAUGUGCAGCGUCCCGCACGUGGGCCACUGCCCACCGUUCCAUCGCAGCCAAGUAGGAAGGUGCCGCCUUCUCCUACGCGACGACCUGUGCCGCGCGUCGCGCGCCGCACAGCACACCUUGAGAACCAUCUGGACGAACUGCAGAAGCAGGCAUUGUCCACGCACUAUGCUUUGCGUCACCCACAGGGUGUCCCGUCCCACGCGCCUAUAUCUUUGAGAAGCUCGCACGCUCAUCCUCUGCCACUCCCGCCCUUGUCGAUGCCGCCGGCACCUCGUCCGUCGCCGUAUGCCCCGUAG